GCAAUUCCUAGUUGCCGACGUGGCACUAGUAGUUUGACGAGGCCCACUGGAGAGAUGGAGCCGGCCCACCAGUACAGUUGGCAACAGUGGUCGGCAGAAAAUCAUGCCAAAUAUAUCAAUGCCGAAAAACAAAGGUCUGAAGCAGAGAGACUCACCAAAGAACUCGAACGUUUAUGUGAGGAGACUGCAGAUAUAACAACACACUCACAGAAGGAGGUCAACAAGAAGCUAGAGCAAAGACUAGAUGAUAUAGAGUUCUGGAAGACAGAAUUGGAGCAGAAGCUACAGGAUACCAAGACUGAAGUUGAGAAUUUGCUCACGUACAAGACUCGACUGGAAAAGGCAUUGAAGGCCAGUCAAGAACCUCUGGAAAUUGCACAGCUGUGCCUAGAACAUAGGAAGCAUCGUGUAGGGGAGGAGCAGGUGAGGGAUGCUGUACAGGGAGAGCUACUGAGGGAGGUGGCAGGCAUCCAGGAAGUCAUGUCCCUCUUGGAGAAAACGCUUGACCAGACCACUGAGCAGAUCAGGCUGUGUCGCUCGGCAAAGUACUACAUAGAAAAGGACCUCAAAGACAAGCAAACAGCGCUGGCAAUUGACAGCCAUUGCUCGAACCUCAGGAGCAACACGGCAUCUGCGGACAUGCUUCAAGGAGACCAGAUCGCACAUGUUACAUCCACAACCACUGUCACUGACCCGAAUGGCUGGCAGACGUUUAGCAACAACAACAUACAGAAGGCCGAGAGGGAGUGUCAUAAUGGCCUCAACCUUCGUCUGCUCAUUGACAGCAUGCUGAAGCAGACAGCAAAAGACAUGAAAGCUCAGUGUGACUCAGUCAACACGGCGUUUGGACAUAGGGUUGCUGAAACAAAAGAUGCCAAGGAAAGGUUGGAGAUGCACCUGGCUCAGAUUAAUGCGCAGCUGAGCGACAUGGAGUUCAACAUCACGCGACUCCGGGAGGCCAUAGUCGCCAAGGGGGCGCCACUGAACCUGGCGCAUGUGCGGCUGGGAACGCGAACGCAGCGGCCAAACGUGGAGCUGUGCUACGACCCAGUGCAGUCUCGCCUACAGGUCGAGCUGGGAGAAAUUCAGAUGUCAGUUAACAGGCUUCAGCAAAAGCUGGAGGAUGCUGAGGCAGCACAGAAGGCUCUGGAGAGGACCAGACUCAGCCUGGAGGCAGACAUCGAAGUUAAGGCCAACACGCUGUAUAUAGAUAACGUGCAGUGUGUUGGUAUGCGCUGCAGAAUUAACGUUCAGAAGUACUAGAUGCACACCGUACUAACGUACUUAACCCCUCUACAGGCAUAGUGCCAGCAUUGACAUGCGUGCAUGCCAUACAGUUAUCUUGUCAGGGUUUUCUUUUGCUGCAAAGGUUUUUUUAACAUGUGUGUGAACUAAAAACAUUUGGAGUUUCAACCGUUUUUGACUGGAAAAG